GUUCAAAGAAUGGACGUGUUGCAGCCUUAUCACCAACGUCCGCGUAAAAUGGCGGCACUAAGACUGAAACUCAAGAUCACCAAAGACGAUGAGAAGGAGUGGCGUUUUUAAGUCUCGCUUGCAUUUCCAUUUUCAUUUCAUUUCAGAUGUUCCUUCACGUCAAGAUGUUCUUUCUGCUUGAUGUUUUCUUCUGUUUCUUCUAAUCUUUCUGUAUGGUAAUUUUCGCAGAUGUUCCCUCACGGCAAGAUGUUCCUUCUGCAACAGCCUCCCACGAAAUCGCCCACGAAAUCUUCCACCAAAGUGGAGUUGACAGUUCCCUACAGCAUUCUUGAUGUUUCUUCACGGCAAGAUGUUCCUUCUGCAACAGCCUCCCACGAAACUGCCCACGAGAUCUUCCACCAAAGUCAUUUCAUUCUUUUUGCAGCUUCUGUUGCGUUUUUGUAAUGCUGCGAUACUCCAAUUUUUUUUAACGAUCCCGACGUGUUGGCAAGUACUUCGAUGCCGACACGUUGGGACCGUCUACGACACAGUGGCUUAGUCGGUACUCGGUAGCCAUUAAGGCGAGUCGGCGCCUGUGUCGUAUUUUGGAGUAGAUUGUUGCAGCUUCAGAAGCUAUUAGGCUAAGCUAUAUAACGCUAGUUGGAUGCUGCAGAUAGCGCUUUUCUUGACAGAUGUUCUUCCACGGCAAGAUGUUCCUUCUGCAACAGCCUCCCACGAAACUGCCCACGAGAUCUUCCACCAAAGUCAUUUCAUUCUUGUUGCAGCUUCUGUUGCGUUUUUGUAAUGCUGCGAUACUCCAAUUUUUUUUAACGAUCCCGACGUGUUGGCAAGUACUUCGAUGACGACACGUUGGGACCGUCUACGACACAGUGGCUUAGUCGGUACUCGGUAGCCAUUAAGGCGAGUCGGCGCCUGUGUCGUAUUUUGGAGUAGAUUGUUGCAGCUUCAGAAGCUAUAACGCUAAGCUAUAUAACGCUAGUUGGAUGCUGCAGAUAGCGCUUUUCUUGACAGAUGUUCCUUCACGGCAAGAUGUUCCUUCUGCAACAGCCUCCCACGAAAUCGCCCACGAAAUCUUCCACCAAAGUGGAGUUGACAGUUUCCCUACAGCAUUCUUGAUGUUUCUUCACGGCAAGAUGUUCCUUCUGCAACAGCCUCCCACGAAAUCUUCCACCAAAGUGGAGUUGACAGUUCCCUACAGCAUUCUUGGUGUUUCUUCACGGCAAGAUGUUCCUUCUGAAACAGCCUCCCACGAAACUGCCCACGAGAUCUUCCACUAAAUUCAUUUCAUUCUUUUUGCAGCUUCUGUUGUGUUUUUGUAAUGCUGCGAUACUCCAAUUUUUUUUAACGAUCCCGACGUGUUGGCAAGUACUUCGAUGCCAGCACGCUGGGACCGUCUACGACACAGUGGCUUAGUCGGUACUCAGUAGCCAUUAAGGCGAGUCGGCGCCUGUGUCGUAUUUUGGAGUAGAUUGUUGCAGCUUCAGAAGCUAUAACGCUAAGCUAUAUAACGCUAGUUGGAUGCUGCAGAUAGCGCUUUUCUUGACAGAUGUUCCUUCACGGCAAGAUGUUCCUUCUGCAACAGCCUCCCACGAAAUCUUCCACCAAAGUGGAGUUGACAGUUCCCUACAGCAUUCUUGGUGUUUCUUCACGGCAAGAUGUUCCUUCUGAAACAGCCUCCCACGAAACUGCCCACGAGAUCUUCCACUAAAUUCAUUUCAUUCUUUUUGCAGCUUCUGUUGUGCUUUUGUAAUGCUGCGAUACUCCAAUUUUUUUUAACGAUCCCGACGUGUUGGCAAGUACUUCGAUGCCAGCACGUUGGGACCGUCUACGACACAGUGGCUUAGUCGGUACUCGGUAGCCAUUAAGGCGAGUCGGCGCCUGUGUCGUAUUUUGGAGUAGAUUGUUGCAGCUUCAGAUACUAUAACGCUAAGCUAUAUAACCCUAGUUGGAUGCUGCAGAUAGCGCUUUUCUUGACAGAUGUUCCCUCACGGCAAGAUGUUCCUUCUGCAACAGCCUCCCACGAAAUCGCCCACGAAAUCUUCCACAAAAGUGGAGUUGACAGUUCCCUACAGCAUUCUAGAUGUUCUUUCACGGCAAGAUGUUCCUUCUGCAACAGCCUCCCAGAAAUCUGCCCACGAGAUCUGGCAUCAAAGUCAUUUCAUUCUUGUUGGAGAUUCAAUGUUCCCUCACGGCAAGAUGUUCCUUCUGCAACAGCCUCCCACGAAAUCGCCCACGAAAUCUUCCACAAAAGUGGAGUUGACAGUUCCCUACAGCAUUCUAGAUGUUCUUUCACGGCAAGAUGUUCCUUCUGCAACAGCCUCCCAGAAAUCUGCCCACGAGAUCUGGCAUCAAAGUCAUUUCAUUCUUGUUGGAGAUUCAAUGUUCCUUCAUGGCAAGAUGUUCCUUCUGCAACAGCCUCCCACGAAAUCGCCCACGAAAUCUUCCACCAAACUGGAGUUGACAGUUUCCCUACAGCAUUCUUGAUGUUUCUUCACGGCAAGAUGUUCCUUCUGCAACAGCCUCCCACGAAAUCGCCCACGAAAUCUUCCACCAAAGUGGAGUUGACAGUUCCCUACAGCAUUCUUGAUGUUUCUUCACGGCAAGAUGUUCCUUCUGCAACAGCCUCCCACGAAACUGCCCACGAGAUCUUCCACUAAAGUCAUUUCAUUCUUGUUGCAGCUUCUGUUGCGUUUUUGUAAUGCUGCGAUACUCCAAUUUUUUUUAACGAUCCCGACGUGUUGGCAAGUACUUCGAUGCCAACACGUUGGGAUCGUCUACGACACAGUGGCUUAGUCGGUACUCGGUAGCCAAUAAGGCGGGUCGGCGCCUGUGUUGUAUUUUGGAGUAGAUUGUUGCAGCUUCAGAUGCUAUAACGCUAUGCUAUAUAACGCUAGUUGGAUGCUGCAGAUAGCGCUUUUCUUGACAGAUGUUCCUUCACGGCAAGAUGUUCCUUCUGCAACAGCCUCCCACGAAUUCGCCCACGAAAUCUUCCACCAAAGUGGAGUUGACAGUUUCCCUACAGCAUUCUUGAUGUUUCUUCACGGCAAGAUGUUCCUUCUGCAACAGCCUCCCACGAAAUCGCCCACGAAAUCUUCCACCAGAGUGGAGUUGACAGUUCCCUACAGCAUUCUUGAUGUUCUUUCACGGCAAGAUGUUCCUUCUGCAACAGCCUCCCACGAAACUGCCCACGAGAUCUUCCACUAAAGUCAUUUCAUUCUUGUUGCAGCUUCUGUUGCGUUUUUGUAAUGCUGCGAUACUCCAAUUUUUUUUAACGAUCCCGACGUGUUGGCAAGUACUUCGAUGCCGACACGUUGGAACCGUCUACGACACAGUGGCUUAGUCGGUACUCGGUAGCCAUUAAGGCGAGUCGGCGCCUGUGUCGUAUUUUGGAGUAGAUUGUUGCAGCUUCAGAAGCUAUUAGGCUAAGCUAUAUAACGCUAGUUGGAUGCUGCAGAUAGCGCUUUUCUUGACAGAUGUUCCUUCACGACAAGAUGUUCCUUCUGCAACAGCCUCCCACGAAACUGCCCACGAGAUCUUCCACUAAAGUCAUUUCAUUCUUGUUGCAGCUUCUGUUGCGUUUUUGUAAUGCUGCGAUACUCCAAUUUUUUUUAACGAUCCCGACGUGUUGGCAAGUACUUCGAUGCCGACACGUUGGGACCGUCUACGACACAGUGGCUUAGUCGGUACUCGGUAGCCAUUAAGGCGAGUCGGCGCCUGUGUCGUAUUUUGGAGUAGAUUGUUGCAGCUUCAGAAGCUAUGACGCUAAGCUAUAUAAUGCUAGUUGGAUGCUGCAGAUUGCGCUUCUUGACAGAUGUUCCUUCACGGCAAGAUGUUCCUUCUGCAACAGCCUCCCACGAAACUGCCCACGAGAUCUUCCACCAAAGUCAUUUCAUCCUUGUUGUAGCUUCUGUUGCGUUUUUGUAAUGCUGCGAUGCUCCAAUUUUUUUAACGAUCCCGACGUGUUGGCAAGUACUUCGAUGCCAACACGUUGGGACCGUCUACGACACAGUGGCGUAAUCGGUACUCGGUAACCAUUAAGGCGAGUCGGCGCCUGUGUCGUAUUUUGGAGUACAUUGUUGCAGCUUCAGAAGCUAUAACGCUAAGCUAUAUAACGCUAGUUGGAUGCUGCAGAUAGCGCUUCUUGACAGAUGUUCUUUCACGGCAAAUUGUUCCUUCUGCAACAGCCUCCCACGAAAUCGCCCACGAGAUCUUCCACCAAAGUCAUUUCAUUCCUUUUGCAGCUUCUGUUGUGUUUUUGUAAUGCUGCGAUGCUCCAAUUUUUUUUAACCAUCCCGACGUGUUGGCAAGUUCUUCGAUGCCAACACGUUGGGAUCGUCUACGACACAGUGGCUUAGUCGGUACUCGGUAGCCAUUAAGGCGAGUCGGCGCCUGUGUCGUAUUUUGGAGUAGAUUGUUGCAGCUUGAGAAGCUAUGACGCUAAGCUAUAUAACGCUAGUUGGAUGCUGCAGAUAGCGCUUCUUGACAGAUGUUCUUUCACGGCAAAUUGUUCCUUCUGCAACAGCCUCCCACGAAACUGCCCACGAGAUCUUCCACCAAAGUCAUUUCAUCCUUGUUGUAGCUUCUGUUGCGUUUUUGUAAUGCUGCGAUACUCCAUUUUUUUUAACGAUCCCGACGUGUUGGCAAGUACUUCGAUGCCAACACGUUGGGACCGUCUACGACACAGUGGCUUAGUCGGUACUCGGUAGCCAUUAAGGCGAGUCGGCGCCUGUGUCGUAUUUUGGAGUAGAUUGUUGCAGCUUCAGAAGCUAUAACGCUAAGCUAUAUAACGCUAGUUGGAUGCUGCAGAUAGCGCUUCUUGACAGUUGUUCUUUCACGGCAAAUUGUUCCUUCUGCAACAGCCUCCCACGAAACUGCCCACGAGAUCUUGCAUCAAAGUCAUUUCAUUCUUUUUGCAGCUUCUGUUGUGUUUUUGUAAUGCUGCGAUACUCCAAUUUUUUUUAACGUUCCCGACGUGUUGGCAAGUACUUCGAUGCCAACACGUUGGGACCGUCUACGACACAGUGGCUUAGUCGGUACUCGGUAGCCAUUAAGGCGAGUCGGCGCCUGUGUCGUAUUUUGGAGUAGAUUGUUGCAGCUUCAGAUGCUAUAACGCUAAGCUAUAUAACGCUAGUUGGAUGCUGCAGAUUGCGCUUUUCUUGACAGAUGUUCCUUCACGGCAAGAUGUUCUUUCUGCUUGAUGUUUUCUUCUGUUUCUUCUAAUCUUUCUGUAUGGUAAUUUUCGCAGAUGUUCCCUCACGGCAAGAUGUUCCUUCUGCAACAGCCUCCCACGAAAUCGCCCACGAAAUCUUCCACCAAAGUGGAGUUGACAGUUCCCUACAGCAUUCUUGAUGUUUCUUCACGGCAAGAUGUUCGUUCUGCAACAGCCUUCCACGAAACUGCCCACGAGAUCUUCCACCAAAGUCAUUUCAUUCUUUUUGCAGCGUCUGUUGUGUUUUCGUAAUGCUGCGAUACUCCAUUUUUUUUUAACGAUCCCGACGUGUUGGCAAGUACUUCGAUGCCAACACGUUGGGACCGUCUACGACACAGUGGCUUAGUCGGUACUCGGUAGCCAUUAAGGCGAGUCGGCGCCUGUGUCGUAUUUUGGAGUAGAUUGUUGCAGCUUCAGAUGCUAUAACGCUAAGCUAUAUAACGCUAGUUGGAUGCUGCA